GCCGCGGUUGACGUCACUCGGAUCCCCCCAGACGCGCCGUGUUUACUCGGAGCGCGUGAGGUCCAGCGGUUGGCUGGGCGUGGAGCUGCGAGUCUUCCAUUCACCUGAGCCUUUGCUGCAGACUCGGGAGGGGUAUAUAAGUGUCCGGUUAUAGGGAGGAGGUAUAUAAGUGUCCAGACAGCUGGAUCUGACACGGUGUGGGUCCAGUCCUUCCUCCACGCAGCCAUGCGCGUGCGCUCCGAGCCCUGCAGCUUCGUGCUGCUGCUGUGCGUCCUGAUGCGGAGCGCCGCGCCUCUCAGCAACCACAACACGGAGCUGCGCCACACCACGCAAACCACACAUACCAGCCGCAGCGAGCACAGCGAGCACAGCACCGAGCCGGACACUGUGGGGGCAGCCGCGCUCAACCGCGCGCGCAGCGCAGGAAGGGGACUGGAGAACGCGGGAGCGCGCGGGAGCGGCGAUCGAGGCCCAGUGGGCUGCAGAGAGCUGCGCUCCACUAAGUACAUCUCCGAUGGCCAGUGCACCAGCAUCAGCCCCAUUAAAGAGCUGGUGUGUGCAGGGGAAUGCCUCCCAGCCCAGAUGCUGCCUAACUGGAUAGGAGGACACGGCAGGAAGUUCUGGAACCGGAGGGGCAGCUCCAACCAAGACUGGCGGUGCGUCAACGACAAGAGCCGGACCCAGCGCAUCCAGCUGCAGUGUCAGGAUGGCAGCACCAGGACCUACAAGAUCACGGUGGUAACUGGCUGCAAGUGCAAGCGCUACUUGAGGCAGCACAAUGAAUCAGGAAACAAGUCUGAGAGCAUCUCUCAACCACAACCAAUCCACAAGCCCAAGACCAAGCAGAAGAAUGGGAAUAGCAAGGCAAUUGGGAACUGGCCUGAGCUGGAGUCCUGAGACUGAACGAGGCAGUGGAUUACCUCUAAAGGAAGAACUGCACAAUAGACUGUUGAUGAAAGAGCAGUGGAAAAGGAACUGACAGUGUCUUUGAGGAUGGACAGGUUGACAAUCUACUGCUAUUAUGCCUGAAGUGAGUGAGACUUCACACCAAGCUUGGCCUCCAAUGAUCACUGCUCCUGAUUCUUAUGCAAACCCACAAUGGCUACAUGCCAGAGUUUGGCAUUUGAAUAUAUCUAAAAUAUUCCUCUGAUCCUAUGACUGUCUCUCUAUGAGAAAUCAUAUCACUGGCUGUAGUAUGCAGUAGUAUGUAUGGAACGCCAGGACAAGCUGAAUUAUCUCAAGUUUGAGAAGGAUAUAGCUAUGUGUAAAUAGUCUGUGUAAAUAAACAGUAUAUGCAUUCAUAUGUAAUUAACUGUGUUGCAAGGUAUUUACUUUUUUCAAAUGUGCUAUUAUCAAGUAUAUAUUGAUAUAAUAUAUUUUGCAUUGAUGUUUUCUACACAUUUUUCACCUAUUCCUACAUAUACAUGUUUUAAUUUUAUGCAGGCAUUGAUACGUACAUGGUAUUGCACUAAUCUAUGUGACAGUAAUGUUCAUAUUCACUUUUUUAGUGUGAAGGUAUUAAAUUGCAAUCAUUCAAACACA